AUGGCUCACCAAGCCCACAGCAUCAGCUGGAACAUCCUCGCCCAGAACCUCCACCACCGAUUUGCCUCAGCCUCCCCGGACACCUCCCACCUCGUCUCGGAUCUGUACUUCCGGUUCCGGCCCGCCCAGGGCAAGGAAAUCGGCUACUUUGCUGAGUCCUUCGCCCGCGCCAUCGAGGAGCACACUCACACCGAACGGCGGAAGUACCCGGCGCAAUAUGAUCGCAUCCAACCAGAUGAUUUGGUUUUGAAUGAUCGUGUCGCGGAGAAACUCCGGCCUGUAGCGUACAAGUGGUGCACGGCCAACGAGGACCACAAAUGGCCUUACAGGACGGCUGUUAAGGCGGAAAGCCCUAACAUUAGUGCCGAAAGGUCCAUGGAUCAUUGCGGAUGCCCGUUACCCUACAACGAGCGGCUGGGAUCGGCCUUUCUGCGCCGCUACCGACACAACGACUGCUACAAAUUCAUGGACGUCAACGCCGAUGCGUUCUACAACAUACAAGUGGUGAGCAGUCUCAUGCUCCUCGGGGAGAUGGACCCUGUGCUACGGCUGGCCGCCACCCCAGACAACGAUCUGGCGAAGUGGAUGGAGAUGUACGAAUGUAAUUGCAUGACCCCCGACCGCGGCUGGGACAAGCUCUUCACCGGCGCCCUGCAGAUGUACCUGACCCUGAACAUCCUCUACAGCAUCCCCGAGCUCUGGGACCCGGCCUCGCGCCAGGCCGCCAAUAAGAAGAAGUCCGACGGGUACCGCCACACCCGGAUCUACCAGCGCACGCUGCGGCGCUGGACCUUCGAGGGCUCCUCCAACGAGGUCGCCCAGUACCUCCACCGCCGGUUCUUCGGGCUCGACGGCCACUUCCACUGGCAGACCCAGGUCACCCGCUACCUUCGAGAGCCCGGGUUCCUGCCGCUGCUGGAGGCGAGCACCGACGUCCGGGACGCGAGGCUGGGGUGGUUGAACGAUGCCGACUGCCCGAGCGAGACGGCUGCCUCCGGUCCUACUCUGGUCCUGACCAACCAGACCUUCCCCUACGGCCAGGUGCCGUUCGAGGUGUUCCUGAACUGCGGGGGGAAGGCGGCCUAUCGACCGCGGUUGACGGACGUCGCGCGCGUCGAGGCCUAUCUGCGAGUGCGCGGGGGUCUCCCGCAGGAGUUGGUGGAGUAUAUCACGGCGCUGGCCGAGUACGAUGGUCAGCAUGCGCGACGACUGCCGGUCCCGCACGAUCCGUUGCACCGCGCGAACCGCGCGGAGUUGCGCGACUACCUGACGCGAUGCUGGCAGGUCAUGGUGCGGUGCAAUAUGCUGGCGCAGGAGGUAGGGAAGAGGAUCGACUGGGUCGCGCAGGUGGUCGAGACGUUGGAUAGGCUGGUGGCCAAGCCGCCCGGGAAGAAGCUGUUCAGGCGCGAGCUGAUGUACCAGUAUUGGCAGGUGACUAUGGCGGGCGGGAGUGGAGAGCUGCCGCAUCGGUUUCGCUCGUACGAUAGGUAA